AUUAGUCAUCAAUAAAUAUAUACAAAACAGUCAGCAACGCGAAAAAUUAAAGUUGAAAGGGAGGCGUCGGCGUCGGUUCCAAAAUACAACUCGGAUAAGAGAAACAGACAACAGAGCAAAGCAGAGCACCGUUGGCGUAGCACCACCACUUCACACUCAGGAGCGACUCAACGCUAUGUUUUAACCUUCAUUCCAUUUUUGAGUGUUCUUCACUCUGCAAAUUUGUUGGGAUAAACAAAUCUGGCCAAAAUCUUGGAUCUUGGAAGCUUCUCUGACUCCAAUCUAAAACCCUAAUUUUGUUCUCCUGCAAAAUAAGUUGUUUUGCUAUGGGAACUGAGGAUGGAAUACGCAAUACUGGUAACACUGAAUGUGCUGAAGGGUUUCAGUGUUUGAAACGCAAAGCUAUUUCUGAUGGGGUGGUAAUUUCCAAUGGAAAUGGUGUUGCUGAAGAGCCUCCACGCUUGAAAAGCGAAUCCGUGAAUGGCGGGGCUGUGUUUUCCAAUGGGAAUGGUGUUGCUGACGUGGCUGGGGUUGUGAAAAGUGAAUUGUUGAAUAAUGGGGUGAAUGGAAAUGGUGUUAUUGAGGGGGCUGGAUUCUUGAAAAGUGAAGCCAUUAGCAAUGGAGUCGUAAUUUCAGAUGGGUUUGAUUCUGGCGACGGGGACUCUAGUGGAUUUACAAGUCUUCGAACUUAUAAGAGGCGAAAGCAUGAUCAGUCAAGUUCAAAAGGCAAAGCUCAGGAGGAUUGCAGAAAAUGUGCGGAAACUGCAAGUCGUAUAGCAGAUCAGGUUGUGAAGGAACCCUUUGAUGCAACUUUAGGCAAAACUGCAGAUGAUUGUCCCCAUAGACAUUGGGGAAAUGCUGUACUAAAGCAUUUAUAUCAGUCAUUAGGCAAUGGCAAUGGUGGCAUAGAGGGGUGCAUAGGGGAGGCACUAAUUCACCAUACUCAAAUAAGCUGUGCCACUACAGUUAUGCAGGGAACUUCUAAAAUUGACAAAGAUGGACAAGAGUUCUCUUCACAAGUUGAUCGCUUAUCUCAUAGAACACGGACCAAAGCUAAUGGGCAUGCACAUGUCAUGCAAAAUGGAUCUUCUAGUGAACCCCAUGGCCGUGGUGUGACUGAGAUGUGUCAGCGUGUGCUCUGCAAUAUGUUAACCUCAGAAAAGUUCAGCUCAUUAUGCAAGACUUUAUUUGAAAAUUUCCAAGGAAUGAAGCCUGAAAGUGUAUUUGAUUUUAGUGUUAUGAACUCAAGGAUGAAACAGAAAACUUAUGAACAAUCACCUGCACUUUUCUUGUCAGAUAUUGAACAGGUCUGGAGAAAGCUACAAGAUACUUGUAAUGAGAUUUUCGCUCUUGCUAAGAGCCUCUCCACCAUGUCAAGAACUUCCUACUGUGAGCUGGUUGGAGUUUCAGCACAAAGCACAUUUGAAGAUGAAAAGCAAGUGGAAUUCGGCUCUCACAUAAAACCAGAGACGAUGGAAGAAUGUGAUACGUAUAAAAUAUGCUGCUGCAGUCAUUGUGGAGAAAGGGCAGAUGGCACAGACUGUUUGGUCUGUGAUUCAUGUGAGAAGAUGUACCAUCUGUCCUGUAUUGAGCCUGCAGUGAAAGAAAUACCGCACAAAAGCUGGUAUUGUGCCAAUUGCACCACAGAUGGCAUUGGAUCUCCGCAUGCGAAUUGUGUAGUAUGUAUGAGGUUGAAUGACAUAAAGACUUCCAAGAAAAUAAUUGGUGAUGAAAGCCUCCCUACGAAUGAGGAAACACUUCAUGAAUUUGAAGAGAAUUCAAAUUGCAGCUAUGAUGGGAUUCAAAUAUCUACAGGUGGCGAAAAGGUGCCCGAUUGCAAAGUGUGUGGAAAUGAAGUUGAGGGUGGAAAAAUAAAAGUAUGCGGUCACCGUUAUUGCCCCAGUAAAUACUACCAUGCAAGGUGUUUGACUAGCAAGCUAUUAAAGUCAUAUGGUAAUUGUUGGUACUGCCCUUCUUGUUUAUGCCAAGUUUGCGUCACCGAUCAAGAUGAUGAUCAGAUUGUCCUCUGUGAUGGCUGCGAUCAUGCAUAUCACAUCUAUUGCAUGAAACCUCCACUAGCUUCUAUUCCAGAAGGGAAAUGGUUCUGCAAAAAGUGUGAUGCCGGAAUCAAAGCAAUAUCUCAGGCAAAAAAGGCAUAUGAGAAAAACAAGCCGAGAACAAGUGAAAAUGUUUCAAAGCCAAAGGCCAAUAAUGAAAACAAAUUCAGUAAUAACUAUGUACUAGCAUUGGAAAGUGGUGGAGGAAUGGACAUGCUUUUAACUGCAGCCAAUUCUCUGAAUUUUGAAGAGAAUUUGGCUGAAAACCAGAUUGAGUAGCAGAGAACAUGAGUUUCCAUGAAGGUUUUGCGAGCCUCCCAAUUACUGUUACUAAUGACUUUAACUUCGUAUAUGUUGACUGUUGAUACCCAACUAUUUCACAUUUUGUGCAUUUUUUGAAUGACUGAUAUUUUGGUAGGCUGUAUAACUCUGGUAGAUUUCCUGACUUUUGGAUACACCACAUAGAAAGACAGGACUAUAGAGGGUAAAAAGCAAAAGGCAUAAUCAGAAAUUGUUGUAAGUGCUAUAUCUGCAAGAGCAAGCAGGUCAGAUACUGUAAUAUGAAAUUUUACUGACUGCUUUGCUUGUUUCAUGCAGUGUGUAGUAUUUUGGGUUGGGAUGUUAUAAGACAAUAUAUUAUAUAUCUCUAAAUUUGUACAAUUUAUUUCAUCUAUGCUAAAAGAUUGAGAACUUCAAAAUCAAUA